AUGGAUAUGGAUGCUGAAUUCGCGCAGCUUUUACGUGAACAGGACGCAUUCCUUGCGCAAAAGAAACCGUCAUGUGCGAAAGUAACAUCUCGUGGCUCGAAUGGUGCAAUUUCUGCUUCACAUAAUUCCAAAUUGGCUUGUAACGAGACGAAUCAAGUGCUAAAACACGUCGUCGAACGUCAAGUGACACAUGAGAGUCAAGAGAAGUUGAUUAUUCACUUGGAAUCGCUUGGGUUUCCACUUGUAAAGCGACGAGAUCCUGGUCAACGUCGUUUUGGUCGUCGACGGCAUGAAUUGGCUAGUCAGACGCAAGAAAAGGAGGAGAAAAAAUCAUUGGAUCAAGAAAAGAGUACGUUAAAUGCUGUAAAUACUGUUACAUUGGAGGACAUGAGUCCCCAAGAGAUACAAGAAGCACAAGAAGAAUUGCUGAGGACGUUGGGCCCAGAGUUGAUUGAGAAAUUGAAGAGUCGACGGAAGAAAAAGGAAGAAAGAUGUGGGGAAAAGAUCGAGACGAAGAAAAUCGUACAAAGCGGCUCACUAGUGAUAAAUGAUACUAGAAAGGAAGAAGAAGAAGAAGAGAAGGAUCAGCUGCAAAAAGAAGAUAAUAUCAAAAACUUGGCUGCAGUCAAGACAGAGGAAGAACUUAAACAGCAGGUGAAUCUUCUGCCGGAAGAAGAACGAGCUAAACUUGACUGGACACAGAGCACAAAGGAAAAGAAGAAUUACGACCAAGAUCGAAGCACGAAAAUGACACGCCCAGCAGUCCAAGCUGCGACACUUGAACGCUUUGAUCUGGAUGGAAAGGUGCUGAAAGCGACCGAUGCUGAACUGCCCAUGCAUUCAGGAUUAUUCCACCACGGCGAUGACCCUGAUGUGGCUGGAUAUACACUACCGGAGCUUUUGCACCUUGCGCGCAGCUCUGUGGCUAGUCAACGCGCUAUGUCACUUAAAGUUGUGGCGAAGAUUUUGCACAAUCGUCAGCUUCAGGCGAAUGCAUCACUUCCUGUGGUGCCGCGAGUGCUCCCUCGGGACUUGGCGAUAACGCUACGGCUUGUGCUGGAUGAUCAGAAUUACACAGCUAUAGGUCAUGGUGUGUCCGCGCUACACGCUUUCAUUGUGCCUGUAGAAGCUGAAUGUUUUUCUCACGAGAAAGACUACCUUACGGAGUUAAAGCACGGCACCAUUGUACUUCCCCCUAAAGUUCAUAUACAUCAAAAUGACGUCACAUCUCAAGCAAAAGGCAAAGGACACUAUAUGUACGAAGCUGAAGAGGUAGUUUACAUUGACACAACGGAGUCUGACGAUGGAUCUAGCAUCAGUGAUGAGGAUUUGGCAGCGCUGGACCCGGUGCAAGCAUUUCUUAAGUUGGACCUUGGCACACGGCUGUGGUACAUUCUCGAGACUAUUCGACUUCCGGAUCAAUGUGCCAUUGAAAAAAUGCUGGAGAUCUUGAUUGCAGUGGCUCGCCAUUCGCCACGUGCUGCCCACGAGAUCAGCUCAAACGCAAGACUUAUCAAGACAUUGCAGCAGUACAUUGAGAACGAACAGGUGUUGACUUUUCAAGAGGACAAUGCUCGGUGGCUGCGGUUAUCUUUGAAAGCCUUACAAUUUGUCCGUGCACUUUGUCAGGGAAAACGUAGUAUAGCUUCUGCUUUUGUUAAAAGCGGACUAAUUCAGAGCACUAAGGGUUUUCUAGCGCUUAACGAAAUUCCUACUGGCACGGACAACGAGGAAUCUUCUGCGCUGUUUGCUGAGAUGCAAAUUGAAAGCCUCCGUAUCUGGCGCAUUCUUCUCGGGUAUGGUCUCGACUUCCACUGUUUUGCGUACCUGUUUCCCGUCCUGUCGGGAUUCACGCAGAACACCGCCGAUGCCUCAGUAUCACGAAAAUCGGCUCUCUUUGCUGUAUUGGAAGCCUUUUGUGGACUCGAAGCUUUGCACGAGGCACAGCAUUACUUCAACCAGUUGAACUUCUUUCUGGAUGCAGCGAAGGAUGAGGCUAUCCGAGUUAUCCAUUCAUCGUCUUGGUUGAAUGACGUCAAGGCUGUCGUGCUUCUCUCGACGGUAUUAAGAUUCAUCGCCGCUGCCAGCGCCCAUGUAACCAAGUAUAACUUGGAGACUAGUGGUCUGACAGAAGUAUUGCAACUGGUUCAGUCACGCGAGAUGACACGGAAAGUACUACCUCAGCUAAGUGAUGGUGCGGCAAAGCGGGAGCUGCUGCUGGCAAUAGUUCAUGUCCAUCGACAAAUUGUUGCCAACGGCUUGCUGUCUGAUGACAUGGAUGAUGAAGAGGUCGUGCAGACAUUUUCACGCGUAAUAAAAGCUCCUUUGCUUGCUGCAGCAACUUCUGCUGCUGCUUCAUCUUCUUCCAGGUUCAGCCUCGCUUUGAUUCAAGCGUGCGAGCUUACAUGUCUGUUGGGCAAUCUUAUUGAUGCCGGUCAAAAUGGCAUCCCAAACGUUGAUGCGGAGUUUGUGCAGAAAGUUUACCGCCUGGCCCUGAUCAAUGUGGAGCGUGUCGGUGGCGGAGGGGAAUACUUGGUUGCGCGUUUGUUUGCCGGAGUGUUGUUUCACCAGCGCGUACUUCUGGUACUUGGCGUAUUCAAUGAAGAAGCUGACGCAAUACGCAUGAGCCGCGUGCUGAUUCCCAUUUACCAGGCUCUCGUGAACACUAGUCAUGAGCAAGAAGCACACUCUGCUCAAGUCUUCACUAGUUCAACUACUAAAUUCUCGUAUCAUUUGCGCCUUCCGCAAGAGGAGCAAACAUUUGUUCCCAGUAGCCUUCCGUUGCCAAAUUUUUGGAUGGUGUGUCCUCUUUCACGUAUCGACUACAGCAAGAGUGGAGAUGGCAAGCCGCCAUCAAGUGUUGGUCCGACGCGGGCGCAGAGUGACGAGAUGAAGCUAAUAGUGAGCGCUACGUGUCGUUUUUUGUUUGAGUUCGAGCGACUAGUGCCGCAGAUGUCAUCCAUUUCUGCCAUUGCAACAUUGCGCCCCGAGGAUAAACUCUUCCAUUUAUUGCACGCAUUCUUUGCCGGUAGCGACGUUCUCUUCGACGAUCACGUAGACGCAGCACUCCGUCAACUGCUUCCUAAACUCGUGCAACCACUUUUGCGCUCUCCAGAAGACUCGCGAGUGUUCUACGAAGGCAUUCUCCGAAACCUCAAACGUGUCCGAAGCCUCGAGUUUGGAAUGGCAACAGAACCGCCUCUGAGUCAAAAUGGAGUAUCAUAUUCGUCGGAUGAGCAGCAAGUGCUGACUUUCGUGGAAAAGCUUGUAGGUGAAUUUACGGCUUCGUCUUUUGGCAACCCGCACUUUGCUCACUGCGUGACGUUGCUGAUGACUCGCGAUUUUUCUCUAGAGGUGCGACAAUAUGUUUGGAAGGAGCUUCAGGAGUCCCAUUUGCUCCAUACACUGGCACCUUUCGAGGGCUGUAGCUCAAAAUUGUUCAUGCGGUGCAUUCGACGUACCACAACGCUCGCCGUUGAUUCCAAGCUGUUGCAGCUCAUGCAACAAGCGGUAUGCACUGAUCAAGUAUCUGUUGCUUGGGGAGCUUUUGCUUACUCGUUAGCCAUUCACUAUCUCGUUGUCUACUUGUUUGCAGAGGGAGACAAGAAUACUCUUAGCUCUGCGCGUCAGCUUUUUGCGCAGACACUUCUCACAGAAGCGUCUCCAGUAAUUUGGGGUCAUCUCCUGAGCUACGACGCAUUCACAACCUCAUCGCUGCUUACUGAAGAACAUGGAGUUGUACUAUAUGAGCGCGUAACGAAGCUUCGAAUGCAAGCUGCAUUUUCGUCGGACGAGCUGUUAACCUUUGACACCAUUGUGUCAUUGCUUGAAAGCUCGAGUGCCUCGAAGUAG